GCCUCUCUCAGGGAGCGAGGCUUCCAAGGGCAUGUGGUCCGGGCUCAGCGCUUUCGGUUCUCGGAGGAGCCGGGCCCAGGAACCGAGGGGGCCGUGCUGGAGGUUCACGUCCCGCAGGUCCUGCAUACCCAGUAUGGAAUGUAUGUUUGGCCCUGUGCUGUGGUCCUGGCCCAGUACCUGUGGUUUCACAGAAGGUCCCUGCCGGGAAGAGCAGUGGUAGAGAUAGGAGCUGGAGUGAGCCUUCCAGGAGUCUUGGCUGCAAAAUGUGGUGCUAAAGUCACACUGACAGACAACUCAGAACUACCUCAUUGUCUCACAGUCUGUCAGCAAAGCUGCCAAAUGAAUAACUUGCCCCAGGUCCAAGUUGUGGGGCUAACAUGGGGCCAUGUAUCUCCUAGUCUUCUGGCUCUACCACCUCAAGAUAUUAUUCUUGCAUCUGAUGUAUUUUUUGAACCGGAAGACUUUGAAGACAUUUUAACAACAGUGUACUUUUUGAUGGAGAAGAAUCCAAAGGUCCAGUUAUGGUCCACUUACCAGGUUAGGAGUGCUGACUGGUCACUUGAGGCUUUGCUCUACAAGUGGGAUAUGAAAUGCGUCCACAUUCCUCUCGAGUCUUUUGGUGCAGACAAGGAAGAGAUAGCAGAAUCUGCCCUUCCAGGAAGACAUACUGUUGAAAUGCUGAUCAUCUCCUCUGCAAAGGGCAGCCUCUUACAUCUAUGA